AUGGCAGAGUAUGUCACAAGAAUUCCUCCUAACCAAUACAUCCAUGUUUUAGAUCAAAAUACCAACACAGCAAGAUUGGAAGUUGGCCCCCUUACAUUCAUCAGAAAAGAGCAUGAAAGCAUCAUUGAAGGUCCAAACAAAAUGAUAAGCUUACCACCAAAGACAUAUUGCAAGAUUCAGAAUCCAAUAUUGAGGGAUGUAAGAAAUUUACCUGUGAAAAAUGCUUACGGUGAAGUGGAAAUUCAGAGAGGAGAAAUAGAAUACAGAACUGCUGAUGAUUAUUCAGAUCCUUUCCCUUUGUUUCCAGGGGAAAAGUUGGAAGGCAAAGUAGAAACAUUGCUUAUCGUCUAAUAAAAUACAGCCUUGAGACUAGUCGCUAUUAGAGACUUCGAAGUUGAAGGAAAGAAAAAGUAAGCUGGGGAAGAAUGGUAACGCAACGGACCUUUUACUUAUUAUCCUAGAGCAGAAGAAUAAAUUGUUGAGAUUGUAAAGGCUGAAGUCAUUAAACCAAAUUAAGCUGUGAAAUUGAAAGCAACCCAAACUUUUAUUGAUAAAAAAGGUAAAGAAAGAAGAGCUGGUCAAGAAUGGCUCAUCAGAACUACAGGUUCAUAUUUGCCUGAUACAUUUGAGAGAGUCUCUGAAGUAGUAAAAGGAGUUGUUCUCACAGAUAAAGUAUGUGUUCAUCUAAGAGCACUUAAUGAAUUUACAGACGUAUAUGGCAUCAAGAGAAAACCAGGAUUUGAAUGGAUCAUCACUAAUAAAUAGGCUUAAGUUCAUAUUACAGAUGUUUAUGAAUAAUUGGUGGCUGUUGAACAGGCUAUCACACUUGGUUCAAGGAAUUAUUGUAUUAUCCUAAACCCUUACAAUCCUAAACUUUAAUAAAACGAUUGGGGAAUUCAAGUACUAAUCAAGGGAGAAACGACUUUCUUUUUAUAACCAGGAGAAGAAUUAUUGGGAGGAAAAAUCGAAGAUAUUGUCAUUUUAGGUGAAGAGGAAGCACUUUUGGUUUAGGCCAUCUAUGAUCAUUAGGAAGAGGAUGGAUAAUUCAAAAAGGCUGGAUAGAGAUGGAUAGUUAGAGGACCUAGAGAAUACAUUCCAGGAGUUAAGAUUUUAGUGAUAGAAAAACGAAGAGCCAUUCCAUUGGAUGCUAAUGAAGGUAUUUACGUUAGAGAUAAUCGUACUGGAGAAGUCAAAGAAAUCAAAGGAAAAACCUAUUUAUUGGAAGCCCAUGAAUCAUUAUGGGAAAAGCAUUUACCAGAAAAUGUUGAAAUUCUUGUCUAAAGAGCAGCAAGUGGUUAACCAUACGUUCCACCAUCAGUAUAAGCAUCUGGAAAAAUGACCUAUAAUUUCGAAUCAGAAAAACUUAAGCCUAGGGACAAAACUAAAAUUAUUUCAUUCAAAGCACCUCAUAAUUCAGCCAUUUAAUUAUAUGAUUACAAACUCAAAAAAUCAAGAGUCGUUUUUGGACCAGAUCUUGUGAUGCUUGGACCUGAUGAAUAAUUCACAGUCAUUAAAUUAUCAGGAGGCAAACCUAAGGUAGAAAAUCUUAUUCAAACUUUGACUUUAAGUUUAGGCCCAGACUUUAUGACUGAUUAAUUGAUUGUUGAGACAAGUGAUCAUGCCAAAUUAAAAUUAACACUCAGUUACAAUUGGCACUUUAAAGUUAAUAAGGAUGAUCCUAAUGAUGCAUAAAAAUUAUUUGCAGUCAAAGACUUUGUUGGAGAUGCUUGCAAAUCAAUUGCUUCUAGAGUCAGAGGAGCUGUUUCUUCCAUCACAUUUGAAGAUUUCCAUAACAAUUCCAGCAUGAAAAUUAGAGAGGCUGUCUUUGGAAAAGAAGGAAGUGAAAUCAGAACAUCAUUCACCUUUGAUGCCAACAAUCUAGUCAUUACAUCUGUUGAUAUUUAAGGCUAGGAGAUUACAGAUGAAGCAACCAGAAGACAAUUAAGUCAGAGUAUCAAUUUGGCUAUUGAAAUCAGUUCAAAGAGUCAAGAAAUGCAAUCCAGACACUAAGCUUCAAAGUUAGAAUAAGAAGCUAAAGGUCAAUUAGCUAGAUAAAAGCUUCUUGAUUAAGCUAAGGCAGAAGAAACAAAAAUUGAGUUAUUAAAGCAACAAGCCUAGAGUGCCAAGGUUAGAGCAGAGGGAGAGGCUGUAGCCAGAGCCAUAGCUGAAACUAUGGAAAAAAAGAUCAAAGCUGAAGCAGAAGUCAAUCAAGCUGAAUUGAGAUCAAAGGCCUUACAAAUUGAAUAGGAAGCUCUGUUAGACUAACAAAGAUAAGAACAAGAGGCCGAAAUCAACUAUUAAAAACAACUUAUUGAUUUAGAAAUCAAGAAAGCCAAAGAGUUGUCAGAUAUUGAAAUCAAGAAAUUCAAACAAUAAAUUUAAGCUAUUGGAAAAGAAACAAUCAUAGCUAUGGCUAAGGCUGGACCAGAAACUAAGGCUAAAUUAUUAGGAGGUUUAGGACUUAAAGGAUUCUUAGUUACUGAUGGCAAAAAUCCAAUCAACCUUUUUAACACAGCCAAUGGAUUUAUUGGAGAAAAUCUAAAAUGAUUUAUCAUCUGAAAUUACCAAAAUAAUAGAAUUUAAUAUUUUUCAAUAUAAUUUUA